AUGUUCACCCGGAUGCUCAAACUGAGGCUCCUCAACGCCGUGGCCCCUGCAUACUUUUUCACAGCGACAGUGGUCACCUUCAUCCUGCACUUUGGCUUCUUCAUGCCAACCAUCUUCCCCGGCGCCGACACGUCGCCAGGAGGGUCUGCAACUGUUCACACUUUCCUGUUCCUCUUCCUGAUGUUCAACGCCCUUGGGAAUUACACAAUGACUAUCCUCUACCCUGCUGCGAGCGCCACCGAGACGGCGGUCCCGGUGUGUUCCCCGCACUGCUCGGACAAAGUGGACGCGCACUACCUCCUGAAUGGCCGCCACUUCUGCAAACUGUGCAAGAAAGUUAUACUCAAACGUGAUCACCAUUGCUUCUUCACCGGGAAUUGCAUCGGGAACAAAAACAUGCGCUACUUCAUCAUGUUUUGCAUCUACACCUCGUGCACGUGUUUGUACUCGCUGGUUCUUGGUGUGGCCUUCCUCACAGUGGAGUACUCCAUCUCUUUUGAAAAUCCGCUGACCUUCUUGACCCUUCUGCCUCUCUCCACUGGCUACUUCUUCACAGGAACAAUCUCCGGCCUGCAGCUGUUCCUGGUGCUGAUGCUUUAUGUGUGGCUGGGCAUCGGGCUGGUGUGCGCGGGCUUUUGUUGCCAGCAGGUGCUGCUGGUGGCCCGGGGCCAAACCUGGUGUCAGAUGCAGAGGGGGGAGCUCGUGGACAACCGCAGCCCUUGGAGAAGCAACCUCACGGAUGUGUUUGGCUCCAACUGGGCGCUGGGCCUCAUUCUGCCGGUGCACACAGCCCAGAUGUGCUCUGAGGAGGCGCUCAAGCAAGACUGACCAGAAAUCUUAUUAUUCAUUUAUCAGCAGCCAAUAGAUCCAAUAGAUCACACGAAGAAAAAAAACAAAAAAACAUGUUGGAAUAAAUG